CUGAUCGUCAACUCCACCACUCUUCCCCUUGACCACCUUCUUCCCCUUGCGCUAAACCUCAUCAACAUGCAUUCCUUCCCUCUUCUUCGAGCACCCUCUAGCCCUCGAUUCAGCUUUACCCAAGAUAGUCUGGUCCUGAUUCAUCAAUUUCUCACCUUGAACCUUUCGAUUAAAACCUCCUCGUCCCUCCUAUCCAGUGCCUGUCCCCCAUCCCUAUCACAAUUCCUACCCACCAGCUUUCCGCUACUCCCCACUGCUAUUCCGUCCAGGCUGAACUGUCAAGCCCUCCUGAUUCUCCCUUCCCACCAGAUUUUCCAUCCUUUGUUGAACCAGAUUUUCCGAGUUUGCCGCUAACGGAUGGGGAGGAGACUAGUAUUCCUGCCUCCCCUCUUAUGGAGUUUGACAGCCUUGUCAGUGUAGCCAGCGCUUGAGCAAGCUAUUCGAGUUAAGACUGGAGGAUGGCAUUCAGAAUGAGGUAGUGGAUGAGCAUGUGCAACGAAGUGCCUCGCUUACCCACGAGCGGAGGAAAAAGGUUCCCCGAUCAAAGAAAGAGAUGGAGAUUCAUCGCCUUGGACCAGUGGCUAAUUUGAUUGAAGGACCGCGAUCCAGGAGGAAGAAGGCUUUGGAACCACCAGUGAGCUUAUCUUAAUGCUUAAGUCUAUUAUUGCGUGGAAUGUUAGGGGUUUGGGUUGUGAUCAGAAGAGAGCCCGAAUUAAGAGGAUUUUGGGAAGAAGGAAGCCAAAUAUUGUUGGACUUGUUGAAUCUAAAUUGGACGCAUGUGACCAAUGCCUAGUGAAUUUCAUUAGUGGUAGUAGAUUGGGGGGUACCAUUACAUAUUGGGAUGUAUUAGCUUUCAAGAAGAUUGACGUGCAAGAGAAAGAAUUUUGCCUUUUGGUGACACUUGAAGAUAUCCCGGAUAAGCACAUUUUUGAUCUGGUGAUUGUUUAUGGUCCACAAGAUAGUAGAGACAAAAUGAGGUUGCUGAGUUAAAAGAAACUAUGUCAGAGCUGUUCAAAUCCCUUAUGCAUUAUAGGAGACUUCAACCUCAUGAGAUCGCACGAGGAAUACAGAGGAGCCUUGAGAAGUUCUGAGCUAUUAUUGGAGUUCAACUCUAUGAUCGCUGAUACCGCCUUGAUCGAUCUCCCCUUGACGGAGCCUCAUUUACUUGGAGCAACGACAUAGUUUCUCCUUCUAUGUCGAGAAUUGACCGUUGUCUGGUGUGUCCCCUGUUUGACAAUACGAGAGCGGAUUGCAGAUUGAUGGCUCUUGAUAGGGUUGAGUCAGACCACAGUUCCUUGCAGCUCAUUUGGGGGGAUCAUGAAAGGAUCCAUAGACCUUGAGGAGCCGUUCAAUGAUCAGAUGCCUAGUUGGUGGAAUUAUCAGCCUGCAUGGAGUGGUGAUCUCUUUCUCCUGGGACAACAGUUCAAACACUUGAAGGCUCUUAUUAAAACUUGGAACAGGGAAGUUUUCGGCAGAGUGUAAAAGAAGAUUUUGGAGAUUUUGGAUCUGAUAUUAUCACAAUUUACGUACCAUUGAAGCUUCCAUGGAUCGAUGAAGAGGCAAGUUCAAGUGGAAGGCAGAAUCUGGAAUUUUGAUUAAGUGUUGAAGUUGUUUCAGGUAGCAUUCUUUGCCGGCCUGUUUCUUAUGUGUGGCUUGCUAGAAAUUGGAGAUGGAGGGUUUGUUUUGAACCUUGUAAGUUGCUGAACAAAUGGGUAUGGCUGGGACUUCGAAGGGAGGCUGGGAAGUGUUGGUUUAAAGCUCGACAAAACCCUAUGGCAACAUAGGCAAGCUGCCAGGAAUUGCCUAAGGCAUGGAGCAGUUGCAAGCAGGUUACUUUGGGGUCCGUUUCACGACAACCUGUUGGGAAUCACAUUUCAAGGCUCCUACCACAUGAAAGCCUGUAUUUUCUAGUACAAAAGCAAGGGGUUGGGUGAUCAAUUCGUCAACUGGAAGUCUGCCUACGAGGGCUUUGAAGAUGGCAUCAAAAGUAUGUUUUACUUGCGUUUUAAGUUUCCGUGUUACUUUAGGAAUUGUAUUGUUUUUGUUUCUCCUUGUUAAUUUGGGUUUCUUUGCGUUUAAAGUUGAUGUAAGUUCUAUUUAAGGACACACGAAGGUAAUGUAAGAAGUAGAGUUGAAUUGAAUUAAGUCUUUACCCUAAU